CAUCCAAUCAAGCAAUAGUGCGCAAAAAUAAAGCUAGAUUAAAAACAGACUAGCCCCAGUUUCACGUGACUGAUCGAAACUUUUCGAUUUUUUUCUGGAGUUUACCUUUUUCGAGAGCCUCAAUGGGGAAUCGCAAUUUGCCAACUUUCUAACCAUCAAAAUGGCCGUGUUAAUGUCAUGACAAAUCGAUGUGCGCCGGACCUUUGGUGCCUUCAGCAGUUGAACCUCCGCAUUCACGGAAUUGGACCGUCGUCAAAUCUCACAAACUAUCUUCUUAUGGGACAUGCAAAUUGUCUUUGCAGAUGCCGUGCUUACUCUCGUCAUUGCUGCGCACCCUGUCGAGAAGAGACUUUGUUGCGUUCUAGUCAUAAUUCGAAACAUGGAGGGAUUACUGGAGGCGCUGUCGUUUCCAAGAUCAUGGGAGCAAGAAGGCGGUCAAUCAUGGAUUCGUGGCUGCCCUCUCCUCACUUCCAUCCAAGUUGCACAAGUUGCACAACGCACACGGCUGCGGGGUAGGGGCAAUGGAUUUCUUGGACGCCGACAGAAUUCAGCAUCUCCGGUUACAGGUUUGUGUCCUUCGAUACCGAACGGGAUGGCCAUGGAAAUGCUCGAAGCUGUCAACCUUGGAGGAUGCUCGACCUGCUGUUGAGGCACGGCUCUCAUAAUAUGAUCUACCUACCUACCUCGACAGCCUUAUAAGAUGUGUUGGUUGGACUUUCUGGAACAGGACUAAGGGCCCACUCCCAGUUCCAUCAGGUCCCGAGGAAAUACUUCGUACCGAUCUGCGUCCCGCCAGCAACCUUGGCCGGCUCAUCGUCCGUCUGCACCCUGCAUUGGCUCCUUCGCUCGCUGUGCUGGGGCUGGAAACCGCCUGGAUGAGGGGUUGAACGUCAAAGCUCAAGCCUUCGAGCAGAAAAUUUCUUUGCCCGGUGCCCGCUCGACUGGACCAACCGCGUUGCCAGAACACGACAGGCUCCGUGCAAAACGCAUCAUGCCGCAUGCAGUAUUUUCAUCCACACC